GUGAUCGUGAUUUUACGUUGUCAUUUUACAAGAUUUUACGUUAAAUAUAUAUAUAUAUAUAUAUAUAUAUAUAUUUAUUUGAUCGAAAAAAACAUUUCUUUGGAUCUCUAUCUGUGAUUUAUUCAAAUUUAAACGAUAAUUUCUUAUUACGAAAUGGAACAUUUCAAAGCAUAUUUGAUAAUUCAAGGAUCCUCGAAGGAAGAAGAGAUUCGAAGAUUUACAAUUGAAUCUGACGUUGUAAGAAGUUAUAUGUACUUGAGAGAAAAAUUACAAACGGUUUUUCCAAAUUUACAGGGGAAACAAUUUACAAUCACCUGGAACGAUGCCGAAAAUGAUCAGAUAGCAAUAUCAACUGAUGAAGAGUUACUUAUUGCUUUAACUGAAUCCCCAAGACUUAGACCUCGUAAAUUAUACAUUACACAACAUGUAGACCAUGAGAAAAAUGUAUAUGUUCAACCAGAAGAAAUUGCAGGAGUGCUUCAUUACAAUAUCAUAUGCGAUGGUUGCAAUAAGAACGUUAAAGGUUUUCGAUAUAAAUGUAUUGAAUGUCCAGAUUAUGAUUUAUGUUUUGAUUGUGAAUCAAAAGGAAUGCAUCCUGAGCAUUGCAUGAUUCGUAUAGCAGUACCAUUGCAAUGGACAUCACGGUAUGGUAGACGUUUGGCUCAUCAUAUGAAAAAAUUUAUUAGAAAAAGUGUUACAUAUAAUACAAGAGCAGAGGAUAGUAGAGAAUGUCCAACUAUGAAUGAGAAACAUUGCAGAAAAUCUAGACCAAAUUGCGAUAAUUCUUCAUGGGUGGAUACUUUUGCAGAUUAUUUUAAUGAUUGGACAUAUAAUGCAGGUGAGUGUCCCAUAAAGAAUAAUAUUCAAAAACCGCCAGAAACGGCGACCGAAGCCAUACCUUCAUCUAAUGAACCAUUACCUAAAGAAGCUAAAAAAGAAGCAAAACCCCAUAUCGAUCUUUUAAAAAUGGUAGAAGACAAUAUUGCUCAAUUUUUAAAUCCUCUUGGAAUUGACAUCAGUAUGAAAGUUAAAAAUAAUGAAAAAUCUGAUAUGUCGCAAAAAAAUGCUCCUACUAAACAAGCUGAAUCAAAAGUAUCAUCAACUACAAAUGAAAAUGCUUCUGCAAAGUUUUCUGGAGAAGGCAGGAAAUUGACAGAAGAACAAAAUAUUAAUAUUCCUGCUUCUAAUGUUGAAACCUUAGCUAGUAAAAAUGAUUCACCUUCUGAAAAAUCUGAUAAAUCCUCAGAUGACGAAGAUUGGACUAUGUUGAAUAAAGACGAACGGUCUUCUGCUGCUGCUGCUGCUACUUCUGUUACUGAUCAAACUUUGUCUUAUUCUUCUCAACCCAUUAACGAAAAUGUGCCAAACAAGGUUAUUACUCCAUCAGCACCUACAAAAGAAGAGUCAAAUGGAAAUUUAUAUCCACAAUUACCAAAACCAAUUCAACAACAAAUUAUAUAUCAUCGAAAUCCAAAGAUUCAAAAUGCAGUUGAAAUUAUGAUGACUAUGGGAUUUUCUAAUGAAGGUGGUUGGCUUACUCAACUAUUAGAAAUCAAGGAUGGUGAUAUUGGAAAAGUUUUGGAUAUGCUGUCACCCGUACGCGAAUGAUACAAUCUAUUUUGACUAUAUCUUAUUAAAAAAACUUAAGGGGAAUCUUAUAUAAAAAUAAAGUUAUAUAUCUUUGAA